GAGGGACUUGUGCCGGCACAAAAGGCUGAUGGUUCACAGGGUUGGUGACAGAUUGCAGCAGACAUUCAAAAGGAGAAGUUCUCUGUCUCCACUGGCGAAGCGAUGAGAAGAGCAGGGGGCUGACACGGGUUGGACUUUUUUGGGAAGAGAAGGAAGCAGAUUCCUGGAGAAACGGAUCUGCAGCUUCAGGAGCGCGUGUCAAGGAGACCAAAACAUCAAUGAGGACACCAGGAAUGGCAGUGUUCAAGCAACAGAACGUGGAGGAUUUCUAUGAAAUGGGAGAACAGCUUGGAAGUGGACAGUUUGCGGUUGUCAAGCGGUGCAAAGAGAAGAGCUCAGGCACUGAGUUUGCAGCAAAGUUCAUCAAGAAGCGCAUCAGUCGGGCCAGCAGACGGGGAGUGAAAAGAGAGGAGAUCGAGAGGGAAGUGGGAAUCCUGCAGCAGCUCCAGCACCCCAACAUUGUUGCUCUGCAUGACGUGUACGAGAACCGCACGGAUGUGGUGCUAAUCAUGGAACUGGUCUCUGGAGGAGAAUUGUUUGACUUCUUGGCUCAGAAAGAGUCUCUCAGUGAAGAGGAGGCCACUCAGUUUAUCAAGCAGAUUCUAGAUGGGGUCCAGUACCUCCACUCCAAGAGGAUUGCACAUUUUGAUUUAAAGCCCGAAAAUAUAAUGCUGCUGGACAGGAACGCAUCUCUACCCCGCAUUAAACUCAUAGACUUUGGUCUGGCUCAUCAAAUUGAAGCAGGAGCAGAUUUCAAAAACAUUUUUGGCACGCCUGAAUUUGUUGCUCCAGAGAUAGUCAACUACGAACAGCUAGGAUUGGAAGCAGACAUGUGGAGCAUCGGCGUCAUCACAUACAUUCUUUUGAGCGGCGCAUCUCCUUUCCUCGGUGACACAAAGCAGGAAACACUGGGAAACAUCUCUGCUGUGAACUAUGAGUUUGAUGAAGACUUUUUCGGCAACACGAGCGAGCUGGCGAAGAGCUUCAUCAGGCAGCUCCUGGAAAAGGACACAAGGAAACGGAUGGCCAUCGAAGACGCCUUGAAUCACCCGUGGAUUAAGCCUUUGAACUCCAGACAGGCCAUGGUGAAGCGGCUGUCAGUGGUCAACUUAGAGAACUUUAAGAGGCAGUAUGCCAGACGUCGAUGGAAGUUGUCGUUCCGAAUUGUGGCUCUAUGUAACCACUUAACGCGGAUCAUGAAGAAGGGCCAGAACAAAUCUGAGCACGGUGGGAGAGAUUGUGAAAGUGACCAAGAGGAGGAAAUUCUGAAGAGGAGGCCAAGAACCAGAAAGAGAAGCAGCACUUCCUAAGAACUUUGAGACCGUGCGGGCCAACUGUGAGGGGUGUAGAGAGGGGGACUGCACCCCUGCACCUCCAUAAUCAAUCCCUGUUUAUGUGCUCAAGUGACAGCAAGCAAAGGCAGAACUUUAGGUCUGGCCUUUGCUUUGUCUUCACUCAAAAAUCUCUGUAAGGCAGCAUUCUCAAUCUGACUUUUUUUUUUUUUUCUUCGCUUAAGAAGUAACACGUUGUUGCUGACAGGAACUCACUGUGUGUUCACACACAUGCACAACUGUGGCAACAGCUUCCUCUCCUCACCGCAGACAUAAAACGUCCUCGGGAGUCAGACUCCGUUUUUUUAAGCUGGCUGCAUGCAGGGAUGCUGCCUUCCAAAGCAUUCCUGCUAAACCCAGUCAUUCAGCAGGAAGGCGAAAUAGCAGGAAGGCGAAAUAGUGGUCAUCUUUGUAACCAAAUGUUUACAAGUAUUUCUGCUCAACACAGAGCAACGUCUGCGCAAACGCCGUUUACUCUUCUUGCUUUCUUCAGCUGCCUCUACAAUCAUUAGCUAAAGCUGAUAUGCAGAUAUCUGUUUACAAAAUGUGAUGCAGGUUUUUCUUUUCUUUUUUUAAUGCAUGUAGAUGCCUUUUAGUAACCAAAACCUUUUUGUACAGACCGCACAUAGCGGUAAGCCUUUUUAUAUGUGAAUUUGUUUUUUGGAGGUUAUGUUUUAAGAUGGUAGCUUCUACUGUCAUUGAGGUAUUUAUGGUGUAAAUAACCUGAAUAUAGGUCAGAUAUCUUAAUUUCAAUUCUACUUUCAUCACAGCUGAAAGCGUGAGCAUUUUCUAUUAUGAAAUAUGUAUACUUGUAAGAACAGUAAACUGAAAAUUGUUUAGUAAAUUAAUACCCAUUGUUACUCUCUGUUUAUUUUUAGAAAUAAAAAUUGAAUAAUAAAGCUUUUUAAACAAGUUAUGUGUUUAAGUUAUAUUUGGUCAACCAUGUGCAUCUUUAUUUAAAGUUAUUUCAGUAAAUGAAUAAAUGGAAUAAUUCCUGUAA